AUGGAUGAUACUGCUCUAGUACUUCUUGACAGGGCUGAAGAUGGAAAAGAAGAGGUUGAGAUUACUAAAAGUAUUGGUACCCUUAUAGUUCACAUUGAAGACACAUUUAAGCUUGAGAGAGGCAGCAUCUCUCACCUGCAGAUAUGGAGUGAGAAGUUUAAUGACUACAAAAAUUUGAAAAAAUUUGAGGAGGUACGAGAUGGAUGCAAGAUAAAUGCAGUGCCAAUGAGGAAACAAGACCAGCCAAUUGCAACAACUCAUCCAGUUCCCCCUGGCAUGCCCCUGGCACCAACCUUGACAUUCUGCACGGACUCGUUGGGUGAAGACGAAGAUGAAGCCUCGAGUGAUGCUAGCCAGGAAGGAGCUAGCGGCUUUGCUCUAAAAACCAACAUCUGGACUGGGAAGGACGUCCUGUUUGUCCUCUUCCUCAAUCCAGAGAUUCUUGAGCAGGAAAAAUGGAAGUGUGAAGGAUCUGUACUAAACAUCGGUAAUAUCCUCGCUUGGGCUGAGGCUUGGAAUACCAACAAGUGUCCCAAUAUUCCAACCUUUAAGAAGACGGAGAGGCCAGAGAGAGCUCACAUCAGAGUCAAGUUUGCAGGUGGUACAUGUGCGUCCAAGGUUGGAAGGCAAGCGACGACUGUUGGAGAUGUAUCUAAGCCCACAAUGACCCUUUCACUAAAAGGUCUAGACCCCAACAUGCAGAAAUUUCUUGUCGUGCAUGAGUUUGGCCAUGCCCUUGGUCUGGAACACGAGCAUCAGCGUUCUGACUUCUGGAAGGUAGCGGACAGCUUGUUAGAUGUGGGAAAAAUGAGAAACGAUCCUCAAAUGAAGAAUGUGAAGUUUGACAAAGAUAUGUUGGAAAAUCAGUCACAAGAUGCCAUGGUGACGACACCAAAGUACGAUCCAGACAGUAUCAUGCACUACUGGUUUAACGUAAACUGGCUUAUGAAGAAAGAACACAAGAAUCUAUCAAAAGUGGAGGCUGAUGGAAGUCUCAGUGAAGAUGAAAAGGCUAUUUUGAGAGGGAUUCACAAAAGACAUCGGAGUUGUGCUGACAGGCCUUCAAAGAAAGAUCUUGAUUUUCUACAGGAGAACUACGAAGGAGUGUCAUCCUCUCCGACCACAACUACUAUAGUCUCUCCUGUAUCAGCCUCAGGUCAGCCACCCUCACUGCCAGCAGCACCUUCCUACGGGCGAAUCCAACUCUCUCCCUCUGACAAGCUGUACUUCAACACUCUACAUGACGCUGCGUAUAAUGGAAGGGGCAUGUGGCAUAACAUCGGUAUUCGUCUGGGUUUGUCUGAAUUUGAUUUGGACGCCAUUCAGACAAACAAUCUUUCAAAGGUUGAAGGUUGUUACCGUGCAAUGCUGUUGAAGUGGUUUCAAAGCAGUCCUAACUGCUACCUUGACAUUUUUCUGAGUGCUCUCAAAUCAGAGAAUGUGGGUCUGCUCCACCUGUACUCAAAAGUCGAGGAAGCCAUCUUAAAAAUUGCCUUUCCUGGGCAAGGUAACAAUAGAAAAAGAUCGGCAAAACGUAUGCCGGAGGAUCAAGCAAAAGGUGGACCACGAGUUGCCAAGAAACCACGAAUGUGAUGCCAUACCGCUGAGCAGAACUUAACUAGCUAGCUAGCCUAUUGCCAGACGUAGAUAAAUCUUUAUUUUUGAUAUUAACCCACACUGAGCCCUUCUAUAUAAUAAAAAUUAUGUGAAUGCCUUUACAUAA